AUGGCGGCUAAACGUAAAUCUGAAAUCACGGUUCCCGCGGAGGAAAGUGACCAGUUGCUGAUCAGGCCGCUGUGAGUUUAAGUUGGACUUUUAUCUUCUUUUAUUCAGCUGCUCGUAAACCGAACUCCUUUCGUAAAAAGUCGGAUUCAGUAAAUGUCAUAAUAAAUAAAACAAACUUGAAGAAGUUUGGCCUGUACCAUACUUAAAGGAAUGUUUAGACACUAGUCUUUUUUUCGGUAUAAAUUAAAUGCAACAAAAUAAUAAUAAUACUUUUGUUUGGUAUUUACAUCUCACAGGUUGUAGUUUUUAUCCCAACAGGUUAUUGUCAAAUAAGGUGCUGCUUGUUGACUCAGAUAACAAAAGUGAUUAUUGAUAAAUGACGUAAAAUUAUUGUUUUUUGCAAACUUACUCACUGUGUUUUUUCAUGUCUACUAAAAUACAGUUGUACCUGAAGAGUUUGGCUCUUAAAUUAAACCUACAUAAUGCUGAAAAUAACACUAAGAUGUGUAAAGUUAUGGUUUCUCUGUGUGUGUGUGUUUGUGUCCAGAGGAGCAGGACAGGAAGUAGGACGGUCCUGCAUCAUCCUGGAGUUCAAAGGGCGGAAGAUCAUGGUUUGUUUUAUCACACAAACUUCAGAAAACUUGAACACCUGUGUGUCUGCAGGGUCACCUCAGCAUGUCAAAACAUGUCAUUGUGUGUGUUUAGUUGGACUGUGGGAUCCAUCCUGGUCUGGAGGGGAUGGACGCUCUGCCGUACAUUGACUUGAUUGAUCCUGCUGAGAUCGACCUGCUGCUCAUCAGCCAGUGAGUAUACAAACUAAUAUUAACCCCCCUGCUGACAAUCCAAGGCUUGAGUUUACGAUGGAGUUCAAUGUUUGAGAGUUAUUAAGAUUAUGAAGAUUAUGAUUUACUGGAAACAUAAAAUGAGCAGGGUGCAACAGUUUAAAAACAUUAUGGAGAAAUUCCUACGCAGUAAUUAUGACUGAACACAACAAAAGCUUUCAAAAAAUUAAUCAAUAAUGUGUUUUAUUAAUCACUGAAAACAGAAAUACAGGUAAAUAACAAAAAAAUACCGCCCCAAGUGAAAUUCUAAACAGCUGACAGAUUUACUGAUAAGUAGGUGGUAAAAAAUUAAAACUAAGCAGUGAAGUAGUUUGAUUGGCAGUAAAAAUUAAAACAGAAUAGAUGAUUUCAAAGCAUCUGACAUGAAUGAAUGAAUGAAUGAAUGAAUCCUCCUCUUUGUCAGCUUUCACCUGGACCACUGUGGAGCUCUGCCCUGGUUUCUGCAGAAGACCAGCUUUAAAGGACGCACCUUCAUGACUCAUGCCACCAAGGCCAUCUACCGCUGGCUGCUGUCUGACUAUGUGAAAGUCAGGUAAGUUUGACAGGAAAGACUGAGUCAAAGUCAUGUAGAGGUUUGUUGAAGUCACAGAGUACAGAGUGAAUGUGGGAUAAGACUGAGUCUAAGUAAGUUGGAAGUGAGUCGAAGUCAGGAUGGAAAGACUCGAGGUUCAGGUGGGAGUGAGUUCAAUUUGAGUAGAUCAUUACCUUUUAGAUCAUUCAUUUGUCGUUGUUUAUCAUGUAUAAUAUCUGAAUAUGAACAUAUGAGGAGUAUUGAGUGAUGUGCCGGUUUUUGCUUCAGUAACAUCUCUGCAGACGACAUGUUGUACACCGAAACAGACCUGGAGGAAAGCAUGGAGAAGAUUGAGACCAUCAACUUCCACGAGGUGAAGGAGGUGGCCGGCAUCAAGUUCUGGUGUUACCACGCUGGUCACGUCCUUGGAGCCGCCAUGUUCAUGAUUGAGAUCGCUGGAGUCAAGGUCUGUCUCAACCACCUAGUUCUACACAGAGAUGACAAAUGUUGAAUUUAAAUCUCUGCAGACCUCAAACAGACAAUUAUUUCACUGAGUGGACAAAAUCUUGAAAAUCAGAAACUAGAAUUGCUGAAUUACUGUUUCAUAUCACGUUCUGCAACAUUUCAUACUUGCCUGAGAAAAAAAAAACAUUAUUUUCUAGACAAUAAACAUUUUGCGUGUUGUGUGUGUAUGCGUUAUUAAUGCUGUGUCUUGUGUGUGUGUAUGUAGUUGUUGUACACAGGAGACUUUUCCCGUCAGGAGGACAGACAUCUGAUGGCAGCAGAGAUCCCGAGUGUCAAACCGGACAUCCUCAUCACUGUGAGUGCAGCUCCCUCUUAAAUUUGACUUUAGAUAAAAACUCUGUUAAAGCCAAGCAUGUUUCCUUCCCGCAGGAGUCCACAUACGGGACUCACAUCCACGAGAAGCGAGAGGAGAGGGAGGCUCGUUUCUGUAACACAGUCCACGACAUCGUGAACAGGGAAGGUCGCUGUCUGAUCCCCGUCUUCGCUCUGGGCCGAGCUCAGGAGCUGCUGCUCAUCCUUGGUGAGAUGAGUCGACAGUUGGUACCCUGUGAACGUGCUUUCACUGUCACAGUCACGUCUGUGAGAUGUUAAUCAAUGUGCGCUGUUUUCUGUGUGUGUGUGUUAGAUGAGUACUGGCAGAACCAUCCAGAGCUCCACGACAUCCCCAUCUACUACGCCUCAUCUCUGGCCAGGAAGUGCAUGGCCGUCUACCAGACCUACAUCAACGCUAUGAAUGACAAGAUCCGCAAGGCUAUCAACAUCAACAACCCAUUCGUCUUCAAACACAUCAGCAACCUAAAGGUCAGGGAGCACGCUCAGUAGACAGUCCAGUUCCCUGGUGUCCCAUCUUUAUGAUCCCAGACUUUGUUUGGAAACAUAAUUUCUUUUAUAAUUUCAGAGCAUGGAUCACUUUGACGACAUUGGGCCCAGCGUGGUGAUGGCGUCUCCAGGUAUGAUGCAGAGCGGUCUGUCCAGAGAACUGUUUGAAAGCUGGUGUACCGACAAGAGGAACGGGGUCAUCAUUGCUGGGUACUGUGUGGAGGGGACACUCGCCAAGGUGGGUCUGCAAUGAAGCAUGCUGGGAAUUUAUUGUCAUACAGAGCACAAAUUUAAAGGUCUAUAUGACCUGUUCUCUGACAUUUUUGUCUAAAUAUAAAAAAAAAAAACCUGAUUUAAAGUCUUCUUUCUGCAGGUUUCCUCUGUUACUGUUGUACUGGUGCACUUUAUAGUUGACAAAGAAAGAUAUUUAGAGCGCAUCUUUUUAACAAAUUUUGCAAUAAUUCUGUGUUUCAGCACAUCAUGACAGAGCCGGACGAGAUCGCCACCAUGUCGGGUCAGAAGCUCCCUCUCAAGAUGUCUGUGGACUACAUCUCCUUCUCCGCUCACACAGACUACCAGCAGACCAGCGAGUUCAUCAGAGCGCUCAAACCCCCGCACGUGGUAAUCACAUGACCCAAAUCGCAUGAUCUGACACAACACUCAACAUGUGAAAAGAGAGCAACUAAAAUAUUCAAAGAUUUGAAGGAAAAGUUAAAAUUUUUGUAUCUGUAAGAGAAAUCAAGGAAAUCGCUGCACUCGAGCUUCAAAGUGUUAACAUGUUGACUGUCAACAUUUUGCAGCCACAUGUGUAACUAAGUUUAGUUUUUUGUGGGUUUCAGAUUCUGGUCCACGGCGAGCAGAAUGAGAUGGCCCGUCUGAAAGCGGCUCUGAUACGUGAGUACGAGGACAACGACGAGGUUGACAUCGAAGUCCACAACCCUCGAAACACAGAAGCUGUCACUCUCAACUUCAGAGGAGAGAAGCUGGCAAAGGUUGGUCUGAAUCCUCAAACACAAAGACAUCCCACAUGAGGUUCAUGGAUUAAUUAGGUUUCAAAACUGUGCAGUGUGUUGUAUUGCCAUGUUAACUCCCAGCAUGCUUUGCUGCAGGUGAUGGGCUCUCUGACUGACAAGAAGUGUGCUCAGGGUCAAAGGGUCUCUGGGAUCCUCAUUAAAAGGAACUUCAACUACCACAUCGUGACGCCGUCUGACCUCUCAAGUCAGUAUUUCUGAGUGUGUGUGUGUCGUCUUGUCUGUCUAUCUUUGUGAGGACCGAGACUUGAGUAACAUUUCUGGGGACAUUUAGGUUCAUACAAUCACCAUCAUAGGUUGACGAUAAGAUCAGAGUUCAGUGUUGAAUUUUUAUGAUUUAGGACUUUUUAUGAGACAGACUGAAUGUCUUCUUAAGUUUACAAACCUUAUCAAACGGCUGUGUGGAAACACUACCAAGAAAAGUUUCCAGUACACUAAUGGGUAUAAAGAGGAGGAAUGAAACAACUCUGAACUUUCCCCCUGUUGUGUUCAGGUGCUGUGGGUUUUGUCAGUGUUUUCUAACUAUGCUGCUGUCCUCUCUUUGUUUAGACUACACAGAUCUGUCUAUGGGCACAGUGACUCAGAGUCAGGCCAUCCCAUACAGCGGACCCAUCUCUCUGCUUGUCAGCCAGCUACGCAGCCUCACAGGUCUGAAACUCCCAUUGUCGUCAAUUUACUUUAAUAAAAUGAUUUUAUUUUUGAUUGUCUUUUUCUAUAUUGGAGGAAAUUUUGUGACCUAUUUGGUGAGAAACCUCAUUAAAAAAAGUUACACUUGAACUCCCAGUCAACCCAUAGUCAAUUUAUAGUUUUACAAAAUUACUCAUGUUGUGUUUGUGUUUAGGAGACGUGGAGCAGGUGGAGGGUGCAGAGAAAAUUACCAUCAGGAUUUUUAAGAGCAUCACUCUGGUUCACGAGGCAGGGAUGGUGCUGCUGGAGGUCAGUCACACACAAACUCCCUCAAAACAACCUCUUAUUGUGUUUUUUCCUUUAAUGUAGCAGGAGGAUUCAUUAACAAAUAUACUGCUUCCUUUCGAUAUUUCUAGAGCAUCAACAUUUCAGCUUCUCUGCCUGAAUCAAUGCGUUGAAACUUUUUUCAUGUAAUCAUGAAGUUUGCAUGAAACUGAAUAAAUUUCCAUAUAAUAUAUUUGUGUAUUUUACAUAAUGUAAAUUUCUAUUUUCUGUGCAAGUUUUGCUGCAGUCACACAGCAAACACACUGCUCGUCUCAAACAGCACUAAAACUCAUUAUGUCACUGGUACAGGAGAUAAAAUGUCAAAACAGGUCAAUAAGGUUGAGAAUCACUGUCAUUCUUAAUUGGUCAUUAUUUACAAAUGUUAUGUCAUUAUACUGUAACUACUCUAGUAGCUGUUAGCCAAUUUCUAACUUUACUAAUGCAACUAAGUAAUCAUAAAGUAAUAUUAGGCAGCUCCUUAAAAGUGAAGCCUAACUGUACAAAGCACCACUUAUUCACUGGUUGGUGUACGGGUCUUUAGUCUGCCUCCUCCAUGUAAACAGAUGGGACAUGAGUCAAACUGUAAAAUCAAAUGCAUACCAAAGGGAUGUUUCUUAAACAUAGUUUCUGUCAUGAAAGUUAGUUCCUCCAUGCUGAUUUUUGUUGAAGUGUUUGUUUUUAUGACAGGUGUGAUUGAAAUUAGUUAUUUAAUGUUCAAAAGAAGGGAAAUGACAUCGCGACAUUUCAUCAAUUCAUCAUUAUCAGUCAGAAGCUGAUGAGAUGUUUCAGCCCGAGCCUAAAUGAGAGGCUAACAACAUAUUCUAAAAAAAAUAUCCUGCUAGAAAGUUAAUGAUCUGAUAAACUAGUUUCAUUUUAAGAGAAAUUUUUCAAUUAAAGCCUCUUUGUCCUCAGUGGAUCGCCAACCCUCUCAACGACAUGUACGCUGAUGUGGUCACGACGGUGACCCUGGAGGUCCAAUCAAACCCCAACGCCCAGAAAUGUCAGUAAACACUCACACACAAACACACCUGUUGUAUCAUAAACCUUCAUUCACCAGAAACACGAUUUUAAUAUUUGAUGUUUUCAGUCAUAGAAGGAAAGAGGGAAACGUUUGACAUGGAUGUGUUCGUAGAGAGACUGGGCCUCAUGCUGCAGUAAGUACAGCCCACACAACUGCUGGAUGUUUCAGUCUGCAUAAAACAUGGCUGUCGUCUCAUUGACUUAUCUGUAGGUUUUUGAAGAUGUUUAUUUAUGCAGUAAGUUCUGAUAUUUUAACCAGAGUGUGUUUGUGGGUCCUGUUUUAGCGACAUGUUCGGAGAGGACUGCGUAAACUUCAAAGAUGGUAAAAACCUGAGUGUGACGGUGGAUGAAGUCACUGCGUUCAUUGACACAGAAACAAGAGUGAGUAAAAACACCUGAACGUCCACUUUUAAAUUUCAUGUUUUUUAUUUUGGAUUAAUUAGGAUUAUGUGAAAAACAGUCCUUCAAAACCAGAUCAGAGCCCCUUUAAUCUCCAGUACUUUAUUAAAGGGUUUGUCCUUAAGUAUCAUACAUUAAAAAAAGACAGAAUAAUAAAGCAAAGGGCAAAAUCAACUUUCAGCUACACACAGGUUUCAGAUAUUGAUUUUUUGGUUUUCCUCUUGGAUCAAUUUAAACUUCUUACAAAAACAUUCUGAAUAAUCUGUAAACCAAAGAUAAUCCUGACCUUUGACCUCUUUCUCCUCCUGCAGACGGUGUCAUGCCCAGAAGAUGAGUCUCUGAGGGAGAUGGUGGAGGUCGCUGUCCACCGACUCUACGAUGCUCUCAGCCCUUCCUGUGAUGUCACAGCUAGGGGGCGGCGGCCUCAUAGCAGUGUCACCUGUCAGUAA